GGUCUCGCAGCUUCUCCUGUCUAUCUCUUUGCCUUUGUCUUCAAACAAGGGCUGCUAGUUUGCUGGGCUGUUUCCCAGUGACCUCAAUUUAUCUAGAUGGAUUCAUAGGAAAGCUGGCACCCAGAGAGUUCAGUCCCUGCAGGCUCUUCCGUUGGAAGUCCUUUUCCUUUUUUUCCAGAGAAAGAAGGAAAGACAUGAGGACAGUUUGCUGGAUCCUGGCAGGCUUUUACGUCCUGGCCUGCUGCAGGGCAGAAGAAGGACUCGACUUCCCUACCUACGAUGGGAAAGAUCGUGUGAUUGACCUGAGUGAGAAGAACUACAAGCAGGCCUUGAAGAAGUAUGAUCUGUUUGGUGUGCUGCUCCAUGAGCCUGUGGCUUCCGACAAAACCUCUCAGAGACGUUUUCAAAUGUCUGAGAUGGUGCUGGAGCUUGCUGCACAGGUCCUAGAGGAAAAAGGCAUUGGCUUUGGAUUAGUGGACUCCAAGAAAGAUGCAAAGCUUGCCAAAAAGCUAGGAUUGGACGAAGAAGGAAGCCUCUAUGUCUUUAAGGAGGACCAUAUAAUUGAGUUUGAUGGGGAAAUGGCAGCAGAUGUUUUGGUUGAAUUCCUCCUAGAUCUGAUGGAGGACCCAGUGGAGAUCAUCAACAACAAACUGGAGCUGCAGGCCUUUGACCACAUGGAAGAAGAGAUCAAACUCAUUGGCUACUUCAAAGGAGAUGACUCAGAACAUUACAAAGCAUUUGAGGAGGCAGCUGAACACUUCCAGCCCUAUGUCAAGUUCUUUGCGACCUUUGACAAAGGGGUGGCAAAGAAAUUGAGUCUGAAGCUAAAUGAGGUGGAUUUCUAUGAGCCAUUUAUGGAUGACCCGGUGCAUGUCCCUGACAAGCCGUAUACAGAAGAAGAACUGGUUGAGUUUGUGAAUGAGCAUAGAAGAGCCACACUCCGCAAGUUGCGCCCAGAAGAUAUGUUUGAGACCUGGGAGGAUGACCUAGAUGGAAUUCACAUUGUGGCAUUUGCUGAAGAAGAUGACCCUGAUGGCUUCGAAUUCUUGGAGGUGGUCAAGCAGGUUGCCAAAGACAACACCGACAAUCCUGAUUUGAGCAUUGUAUGGAUUGACCCAGAUGACUUUCCUUUGCUCAUCACAUACUGGGAAAAGACUUUCAAGAUCGACCUAUUCAAGCCACAGAUUGGUGUGGUCAACGUCACAGAUGCUGAUAGUGUCUGGAUGGACAUCAGUGAUGAUGAUGACCUCCCCACCCCUGAGGAAUUGGAAGAUUGGAUAGAAGAUGUACUUUCUGGGAAAAUAAAUACUGAAGAUGAUGAUGUUGAGGAAGAUGAUGAUGAUGACGACGACGAUGACGAUGACUAGGUUACAGCUCUCUGAAAGCUGGACAUUAAAUUCUGUAUGCCUCAACAUGUUAUGUCUCACAGUGUCCUUCUCCUAUAGGGAAGAGAUUUAUUUUUAGAACUUCCAAAGGCUAUUUUGAAAGGUCCUUGAAAAUUGGUUGCUUUUUUCCCUUUCCUCUGUACCCUGUUCCAAAAUACCCCUGGCUUCCAAAAGGUGUUUACCAGGCAUAAGAUAUACUAAAAUCAAUUAAAAAAAUGAUGGUGAAUGAU